AUGAACAUUUUUUUCCUCCCCGGCCGUCCAUCUACUUCAGCGCACCGCCGGCGUCCCGCCGCCGGACAGCCUUCGCCGUCGAGUCGCGCCGCAGUUCGCCGCUUCAUAGCAUCGUCACCUUCAGCAGACGCGACUCCUCGUCUUCCUCCGCCGCUGGCUCGCCGCCUCAUCUCUGUCAGUCGGCUCGAUGCCUCGCCUCCGUCCACAAGCACAUAUUUUCCACUCCGUCAGUCACCGCGUCGUAACGCCCUCAUCCACCGCCACCGCCGCGUCACAACAGUUCCGUCGGCCGCCGACCAAUGGAGGAAGACGCCUCUGAUCUCCUCUGCGUGCGUCAUGAGAGUUGGUGGUGUGUGUGGGAUCUUCACGCCGACGAGCCUGUAA